UACCGUGACCAAAAAGCCAGUGUAACAGAGUUUCAUCGGGUUAAAUCAAGGAGAGUAUUCAUUUAACCUUACUAGCUAAGUGAUUCAUUCAAUCAUUGACUGUAUUAAUUAAUGAUAUAGAUUUUGCGACACAUCUGUGAAAGGUGGGGCCAGAAUAAAACUGUCCUUCGGCCACCCAUAAAAGCUGGUGGAUAACAGAAGUAUUCAGUUUUGAACUAUCAGUUCCGAGAACGUGUGAAAAGUGGCCCAAGAAUAAAGCUGAGAGAAAACCGUUCAACGCCCACCCUAACAUAUAAAAGAAUUGGAUGGCAGAAGUAUACAGUUUAGAAAUACCAGUUCAACGGCCAUCCAUAGCAUCAAACUUUGAUUAGGAUAGUGGAGUUGUGCUGUUCAGCAAAAUCGGUUGGAUAUCACCGGCGUGUUAAAAGCAAAUACUGUUAUUGCUGUACCGAUUUAGUUUCUAAAUUCACCAUGGCUGUUGACACUGAAGAUAUUAAACAGUUAGUGAAAUCGUCUCUAGCCAAACACAGUGGACAGAAAGGAUUAGAAUUUGCUAAAAAUGAAAAUGAUUUGCAAGUGGAAGAAAUUAGCACUGGAAAUUUAAACAAUGUCUUUAGAAUAAUUAGUAAAAGUAAGCCCGCUUUAAGUGUUGUGGUGAAACAUGCUCCUCCUUAUAUCAAAUGUCUGGGACCGGCUUAUCCUCUAAGUACAGAACGGGGUUCCAUAGAGUUCAAGGCUUAUCAGAUGUUUCACAAGAUAAGUCCAGGUUCGGUUCCAGAACCCAAAUUCUAUGACGAAGAGAACAAAGUUCUUUGUAUGGAAGAUUUACGGAAACACGUAGAUUACCGGAAGCAUCUCUUGGCGGGAAACGUUGACGUUAAAUUAGCCGAAGCUUUGGCGCGCCAUUUAGGUCUAGUUCAUUCAGCUACCCACGUUUCUAAAAUAGGAGACGACGAAAGAGAGGAACUAAACGAAAGGUUUAACAAUUCAAGUCUCGUUUCUCUUACUAAACAAUAUGUCUUUACCAGACCUUUCAGUAAAGGCAACCCGACCAACAGAUGCACAGCCAAAGUGACGCCACAUUUGAGCGCUAUUUAUGAUGACACUGAAGUUUUGGAAACUGCCAAGGUUCUGAGAAAUUUGUUCCAGAGCAAGAAAGAGUGUUUGAUUCAUGGAGAUCUGCACACGGGUUCGCUCAUAGUCACUGAACAAGAUGUUAGGAUGACGGAUACUGAAUUUGCUUUUGUUGGUCCCGCGGCUUUCGAUCUUGGUCUUCUGUUUGCCAAUUAUAUUUUCUGCUACUAUCACCAUCUAAGUAAAAGUGAGGACGCUGGUAGAGCAACUGCAUUCAAGGUACUGGAUUGUUGUAAUGCCGUUUCUUUGAUAUAUCAAGAAACAAUAACCAGUUUUAGUGGGGAUAACAAAGAGGAUUAUAUAAAGAAUCUGUUGUCUGAAGCUGCAGGCUUUGCAGGCUGUGAACUAAUCAGGCGAAUAGUUGGGGCUGCCCAUGUUGAGGACACCGAGGAUUAUCCUGAAGUAGAACCAGAGAUUCUUGGCGCUGGGAUUCGUUUAUUAAAAGCUUACAAAAGAAUCCACGAUGUUGGAACUAUGCUAGUUAUCGGACUAAUGUUAGCGUAAAAUCAUUUAUAGAUUCAUGUAUA